UGAUAUUAAUUACAUUUGUGGUAUUCGUUGAUUACAUUCACAGUAUUCAUUCAAUAACUAUAUUUAUGAUAUUCAGCUCUUUCCAUUCUGCUGCCGCCAUGCCAUCCAGACUGAGGAAGACCCGGAAACUCCAGAGCCACAUGAGCCACAGCCACGGCCGCAUCGGUAAACACCGCAGGCACCCAGGAGGCUGCAGUAAUGCUGGCGGCAUGCAUCACCGCAGGAUCAACUUCGACAAAUAUCAUCCAGGUUACUUUGGGAAAGUUGGUAUGAGACAUUACCACUUAAAGAGGAACCAGAGCUUCUGUCCGAUGGUCAACCUGGAUAAAUUGUGGACACUGGUCCAUGAGCAGACACGCAUCAGCUCUGCAAAGAACAAGACUGGAGCUGCUCCCAUCAUUGAUGUUGUGCGAUCGGGCUACUACAAAGUUCUGGGGAAGGGAAAGCUCCCUAAGCAGCCUGUCAUCGUGGCAGAAGAGCUGAAGAGAAGAUACAAAGGGUGUUGGAGGUGCCUGUGUCCUGGUGACUUGAAGCCACCCAGGGAGGUUAAUUAA